AUGGUGUACAAUUCGUUGACUGAAGCUCCUCGCAACCUCAAGGAGGGCAUUGACUGGCUGAUAGCAUUGAGAGGAACGGAUGCGAAAAAAAACAUAAUUGCUUUGGGUUCUGCAGUCUACGAUUUGCUUGCUGACGCGCCUGUAGGCAAUAUGAAGCUGCCAACUCUCGAAGAAGUUAAACUUAUUACAAAGGAGUUUUUAGAGAAGCCGGAGAUUAAGGGCCGGUGGUUCGCAAGCAGGUUGCUACAAAAAUUUAAUGAGCCAAGACGAACACCAAAUCUACACUUUAAACGCCUCUUUAAUAAAUACAAGAGCGAUUAUCACAACGUUGUGCAAAAAAAGGAAUUACAGCGCAAAGACAUGGGAUUGUACUUGGGCCGCGUUGUGUAUGGUUGUGACACACUGGUGAAACAUAUGAAAGUUCCUGACCAAUACGAGUCGGCUUACAGUUCAGAAGCGUCAUGGGAUGCGUCGUGUAGUCGGCACCCAGCAGCCUGUGCAGUGGUAUUCGUGGGCAUUGCACCUAUGUUAUAUGCAGGUCUAUACUCAUUGAAGUAUGUGACAUCAAUUGCACUUACCAACGAGUCGAAUAAUACGGUGAGGGAGCGUCUGGCUGAACUCUUAAGUGCAGUUGGUUAUGACGAGUCGUACAGGCGCCCCCGGAUGAAAAUUUCAUAUAUAUUCGAGGCGUUAAAAGACGUCGAUAAAGAUGUGUUGGACAUACUCUACGACUUCUCAGGAUUCUGGGCUUUCUAUGGACUGGAAAGUAGUGUAUCUGAAGGUGAAACAUCUGAGGAAACGACAGUACGUACAAAAACUCGCAAGUUCUACAUGGGACAAAUGAUAAAACAUGGGAUACCAGGGGUUGACGUGGACAUGGGUUUACUACAUGCUUGGAAUACCAAACAUAAUAAUAAGCCCAGCAAGAUACACAAUGCGCUCGGGUCGGGUAACAUGUAUUACCCCGGUACGCCCACAGUAUCUGAUUUAGGAGCGGCUAUUCCACUUUGA